UAUUUUAUCGGGUUUAUGCUGAUCUCACACAAAAAAAAUUAUAACCACAAUACAGUAAUAUGGAUCUAUUAAGAAUCACAUUUGAGAAUAAUGUGAUUGCAAAAAACGUAAGUGAAAACAUUUUGGUUCAUCAUAGUAAUAAUAAAGAUGGCUUCAUUCUCUUAAAAAAAUUGAUCUGGUUUUCUUAACCUUUUAAGACAUUCUUGUAUUUGGAAUCUUUGGCAGGACAGCAGCUCACCCCAAACUAUAAGCAAACCUCCACACAAUCAAAUACUGUUAGAGAGGAGAUAAAGUCAGCCCAGAGGGACAAAAAAGGGAGGAGGGUUCGAGAGAUUGUAACUUUUGCUGUGCGUCUGGAGGUGAUCUUCCCAGGAAGAUGUCACCAGUGCGGCGCUCUGACUGAGACACAUUGUUCUGAAUCGGCAAGGGGGCCAGAGCUAGAGUCAGUCCCAGGUCCUAUAAAACAGAGGAACAGCUAAGAGAGGUAGGGAUAGGGGAGAACAGAGAAAGCUUUGAGGGACUCUUACUUGUACUCUCAAGGUCCCAGAAAAUAUAGGUGAGGACGUUGGGAGAGAAGAAACAUAUGGGUAAGAUGGAAGGAUGAGAGAGAACUUGGGAUGUUGCGAUGAUGAAAUGUUCCCACUGGUUAAUCGACGUGUAAAAACACUGGUUGUACCGGUGACACCGGGGGUGGGGGUUUGCCUUGGGGUCGUGCGAAUGACGCAUUUUACUUUCUGUUUUAAAAUACGGUAAUUCGGGAACCGCAAUUGCUUGAAUUAAUGGUGGGUUCAAUAUCUUGAAUAAAAACACACAAAACUAUAAAAAAGUACAAUGACAUUUGCUUAUAUGAAACACAGACCUACAAAACGAAUAAUCACAGCACAAAUCAAGCAAAAAAUAAAUAAGAAAUGAAAAUAAAAAACAUUUACGUUAGAUAAAUUGCCUAGAUUAACAAAAACGAGUAAUCACGGCACACAUUGUGCAACAAAUAAAUAAAUAAGUAUGAAACUAAUAAGAAGGGAAUACGAAACGAAAAACAUUUAUGUUAAAUAAAUAAAUAAAUAAGAAAGGAAUACGAAACGAAAAACGUUUUUGUUAAAUAAAUGGCAAAGCACCGAAUUUUGAAAAUUAUGACAAAAAGAAAAUUAAAACUUAACCGGCUUUUGAUGACAUUGCUUACAUAUUCUAAUAUGUUCUUUGCCAGAAAAGCCUCCGCCGUCGUCUUGUCACUCAGCACUUCACAUUCUCCUCAGAUGAUGAUUAAAAUCGAACUCCUGCUGCUGAUCUUUGCUGCGACUAGGGAUGUAACGAUUCACCGUGAGCCGGUUGAAAAUCGGUUAAAAUAUGUGACAAUUCAAGUCGGCUGAAAUGUUCAAGAAUCGCGAUUCAUGUUUUGAACAGCAGGGGCCGCUGUGUUAAAUGCAAACUCGCUUUACAUGCGCAGCAGUGGCGAACAACAUAUUGUAGCAAUCAGUUUCAAUUAUGGCGACAAUGAGUGUGGAUGUUGAUAUUGAGGAAGCCCCAUCAUCAUUCAAAUCAGAGGUGUGGCUGCAUUUUGGCUUUCCGAAGACUAAAAAUGACAGAGGUGAGGUGCAAACAGACAAAACCAAAACUGUGUGCAAACACUGCAAGAAGACGUUUACAUACACUAACAGCACAACCAAUAUGAUGCAGCACGUAAACCGUCACCACAGUAAAAAGCUCAAGGCACAGCCAUCUGUAAGCAAAAAGCUAUUAACGGGGCAAACCACAUUGACCGGAAGAUUUGCAGUCCCACUGACUGCGACGGGUGCGAGAGCUGCGGAGAUAACACGGAGCAUCGGUGUUUUCAUGGCAAAAGAUUUGAGGCCAUUUUCUGUUGUAGAAAAUGAAGGAUUUCGGCUACUGGUGAACACUCUGGAACCCAGAUACACAAUUCCAUCACGCCCCUACUUUAGCAAGACUCUCAUCCCAAUGCUUUACAGAGAAACAAAAUCUAAGGUGGUUGAUACACUCAGAAAGGCAGACAGCGUGUCAAUCACAACCGACAGCUGGACCUCUAGGGCUACCCAGAUUUAUAUUACGGUCACAGCCCAUGUGAUAACCAACGAGUGGGAUAUGGUCAGUUUUGUACUUCAAACUCGCCCUCUGUUUGAAACACACACCGGUGCUAAUAUUGCUGAAGUUUUAAAAUCUGCUGUGAAUGAAUGGGGGCUUCAAAGGGCUAACCGUGGAAUUUCUGUUGUUAUGGACAAUGCGAGAAAUAUGGAUGUUGCUGUCAGAGAGGCUGGACUAGACCCACAUGUCAGGUGUUUUGCCCACACAUUAAACUUGGCCAGCCAAGCUGGUUUGAAUGUGCCACGAGUGAGCCGUUUGUUGGGCAGAAUUAGGCGCAUUGUUGCAUUCUUUCACAGAAGCUCCACGGCCACAGCUGCACUCGCGGCCAAACAGAUACUGCUGGAGCUUCCAGCGCACAAGUUAAUCAUCGAUGUCGCUACGUGCUGGAACAGCAGCCUGGAUAUGAUCGAACGCUAUCUAGAACUGCAAGCGGCUGUGACAGCGACUUUCCUGAGCAACGACGUUCGGCGAAAUGUACGUGACAUCGAUACUUUGGAUGGCUCAGACUUCCGUGAUGCGGAGGACAUAGUGACACUUCUUAAGCCACUAAAAACGGCCACCACUGUGCUGUGUGACGAAAAAAAUCCAACGAUGUCUCUCAUUGUGCCCUUUAAGCAUAUGAUCGAGCAAAACAUGGCACCCAACGAAGAAGACUCCCUCACUGUGAGUAACACGAAGAGAGCUAUACUGAACAACCUUUCAGACAGAUACAGGUUAGAGCACAACCACCUGCUGGAGUGCACUGCCUUAGACCCCAGAUUCCGGGCUCUUCCACAUCUUGAGAAAACCCAGCUUGAAGAUGUAUUCCACAGACUAAAAGAGAAAGCUGUGCUGUUGCAGAACCAGAAUGAGGGUGAAGAAGGUGCCAGUGGCCACCCCCCUGCAGCAGAGGAGCCUCCGGACCAGACAGGUAGCGCAGGAGCUGAGCAGACACCACCUCCUCCCAAGAAAACUGCACUUGAGGAUCUUCUUGGACGGACUUUCGAUGAACCAGUUGCAGCUGCACAGCCUAUCAGUCAGAUUGAUGCAGAAAUGAAUAAAUACAGAACUGAAACAUCCAUUUCUCUCAACAGCUGCCCACUCUAGUGGUGGAAAGAGAAUGCUAGGCUGUACCCACUGCUCUCUGGUCUAGCAAAAGCAUAUCUCUCCACACCAGCCACCUCAGUCCCUAGUGAAAGGGUUUUUUUGUCAGCAGGGGACAUUGUAAAUGUGCAGAGAUCUCAGCUUAUGCCAGAAAACGUUGAUAUGCUGAUAUUUCUAAAAAAAAAACAUGUAAAAAAAUCCAAGCUAGGUUAAUUUGUAUUAAGAGACUUAUUUUAUUUGUGCUAGGAAAAGCAUAGUCUGUUUAUAUUAAAGACAGUAGACUUCUUUUAAUUUGUAUAAUUCAUUUUUUAUUUAAUUUUUGAAUUUAAAAUUGCAAUUUUGUUUUUUUAUAUUUGAUAUA